AUGUUGACACAGACGUAUGCUCAUGAGGUUGAGCCUCAUUUUGUGGGCAUGGAGGAAGAUAUCAAGAUUUUGGUAUCAAAGAUGAAGGAUGAGAAAAGACAACGAAUAGUGAAGAUAUGUGAGAUGGGUGGUCUCGGAAAAACUACUCUUGCCAGAAAGGUGUACAACCACACAAACCUUCAAUCUUAUUCUCGAGCAUGGGUUUGCAUUACCCAACAGUUUCAACCUAAGGCCGUUUUCAGCGAUAUGUUGAAACAACUUGAUAGCAACGUAAAGAUUGAUAACUUUGAAGUUCGCAAUUUGGUGACAAGAAUUUAUAAUUUUUUGGCGAAGAGGAAAUGUCUUAUAGUGAUAGAUGAUGAUAUAUGGGAAGAUGAUCACUGGGAAAGCAUAGGACAAGCUUUCCCAGUGAAUUGCAAUGUGAUUUUCACCACUUGUUAG